CACAGGAUGCAAAGUACAGCCACAACGUUGAUUUGUACAAGAUCGUUAUGACAGUGAUCAUUUUGAGCUGAUGCGCAUCUGGAGCAUACCUCACGGGUUUUCUUUCUGAACACGUCUGUAUCCUCUUGUGUAAGAAUGAGAGAACCAGCAAGGGACCGCAUCUCCCAUCCUUCCGCAGCAAUGGAAACAGAAUUGCUGUUGGCUCCUAUCACAGCUCUGGAGAUCGUAGGAGACCAUCUGAUGGCAGGUGAAGGACCCAACAUAACCAUCUACCCUUUGGAGCCAGAUGCCAUCCAGUCUCCAAGAUGCUUCAAACAGGCCCUUCACAACGAUAACAUCCAUGGUAUCAAAGAGCAACAGAAACUGGCUCCGGAAGCCAAGGAAGCCACUACCCUGGCUGUCUUUGGGGGCAAAAGCCUUGCCGUCAUAGAGUUCAGCCUCCAGAACAGCACGAUAAAGCUAGCCGAGCUCUUUCCUUCCUGUGAACUACAUGAUUGGAUCUGGGACCUGCAGUGGCUGGAAGGCAGCACCGAGACCCCCCCCAGCUGUGUGGCUUUGGCUCUGGGCCAUAACUCUGUGGCUCUGUAUGACUGUGUGGGCCAAAGGAUCCUCCAAGAAGUGCACUGCCAAGAGAAAUGCAUCCUCUACUCUGCCCAUUUGGUUGGGAGCAGGUGGGACAGUUUGGUCCUGGUGGCUGGCACCGUCUUUAACCAGCUGGUGAUCUGGUGUGCAGCUGACCCAGCGGACGACACAGGGAGGGUACGACCCCGCGGCAGGAUCAGCGGGCACCACGGUGUCAUCUUCAGCAUCUGCUACUUGGAAAGCAAAGGCAUCUUGGCCUCCGCUUCAGAUGACCGGAGCCUGCGGCUGUGGGGCGUCGGCAACCUCCGAGUGCUUCCGGAUCACAUCCCGUGCUUCCUGGUGUGCUACGGGCACCAGUCCAGGGUGUGGUCGGUCCGGCUACUGAAUGACUACGUCGUCAGCAUAGGAGAAGACUCCGCUUGUCUCGUGUGGAGCUACCAAGGCGAGAUUGUCCGCAGCUUCAAAGGGCACAAAGGCCGAGGUCUGCGCGCAGUGGCUGUGCAUGAGUCACGGGGCUGUGUCUUCACGGGUGGGGCCGACUCUGGCAUUAGAUGCUGGCACUUCAAAGGGCCGGGGACCAAUGGGAGCAGCCUCUUGCAACUCAAUUUCCCAUCCCCUCAAAGGAAAGGAUCACCCAGAGUGGUAAAACUGGUGGGUGCCGGCCAUGUCCUCCUAGCGACCGAUGCUGGGGCCGUGUACUUGUUUGACUUGACCUCUAAAGCCUGGACAUUGGUCCUGGAGGAUGCUGCCUAUCGGUCCUACAGCCUCCUAGAAGUGUCUGAGCUUGCGGGGGGAGAUGUCCUAUGCGCCAUGGGCAAUAUUUCAGGGCAGGUCAAACUAUUCCUUCUCCGCCACCCUGCUCAAGCCAAGGAUCUUCAACUCUUCGAGGAGAAAGUGCACAGGCUGAGCUGGUCCUCCCGCCCCGGCCAGGACCUCCACACUCGCAGUCUCUUUGUGUCUGGCUCGGCUGGCGUUCUGCUGUGGCUGGAGGUGUCUUGCCACCCACUCAGUGCCGUGACUGUGGUAGUAAAGAGAUGCUUCCUCCUGCCGCCUUGCAAGCACCGAUGGCACACGUGUACCGCCUUCCUUCCGCAGGGAGAUCUCCUGCUCUGCGGUGACCGCCGGGGCUCUCUGAUGCUGUUUGCAUGUCGGUCCCCCCUCGACUCGGAACAGGAGAAGGCAUCAGGGAGAGGAGACUUUGGGGACUCGGUGUCGGUGACGGUCCAUGAUGGGCCAGGGCUGGACUUUCCCAUUAGAGGGGAGGGGCUGCCCACCGAGGGGCCUGUUUCUCUGAUCUUUGGACUUCACGGGAAGACCGGCGUGACCUCCGUGGCCUGCCACCGUGACUUCGUCUACAGCACAGGGCGUGACGGCUGCUACCGGCAGCUCCAGGUCGUGGGCCGGCAGCUCCGAGUGCUGAGGAAGCAGAAGCCGUGCAAAGGCCUGGAGUGGCUGGAAGGGCUGCGUUUCGGCUCUGACGGCAGCACGCGGGUCCUGGGCUUCCACGCCGGCUGCUUUGUGCUCUGGGACGCCAGCAGCAACGAGACGCUGCUCAGCGUCCCGUGUGGGGGUGGCCACCGCUCCUGGAGCUACACCCGCAGCCUCUCUGCUGAGACCUUUGCUUACGUCAGAUCCAGGGACGUGGUGGUCCACCAUAGUAAGGACAUGCCCAAUGGGCAGCGGGCCCUCAAAGAGUCUUUGCACGGGCGAGAGCUGACAUGUGUGUGCCGCCUUGGGACUCUAAGAACAUCCAGGCAGGACCUGGUGAGCGUCUUUGCCACCGGCAGCGAGGACAACAUGGUGAAUAUUCUAGCCUUUGAAGCACGGUUUCGUACAUUGACUCAGCUCACGGCUAUUGGUGACCACAUCUCGAGCGUGAGAGCUCUGGCCGUGGUGGAGAGGAGCAGUGCCAUUCAGCAGGAGGCAGGGAGCACCUCCUCCGUCCUUUUCUCGGCAGGCGGCCGGGCCCAGAUUGAAUGUUACUGCGUACGGCUCAGCCCUGACCAUGGUUCCAGCAGUGGCGUGUUGUGCCGGCUGGUCCACUUGGCCUCCCAUCGGCUGGAUGAGCAGUGGGAUCGCAUGAAGAACAGGCACAAGUUGGUCAAGAUGGACCCAGAGACCAGGUAUAUGUCUAUUGCAGUUUUGGCAAGUCCUGAGGAUGCAGAGCUGCCCGGUCCUUUAGUCUUUCUAGCUGCUGCCUGCAGUGAUGGAUCUGUCCGACUCUUUUUGCUGCUGGAGCACUCCCAGAAACUGUGGCUUGUGGCAGAGUCCUUCCACCAUCAGCGUUGUGUCCUGAAAGUCCAAGGGUUUACAUGCAAGACGGCUGACAGAGGAAGGAGACACUACUUGGCCAGCGCUGCCACUGAUGGGGGCAUUGCAUUUUGGGAUAUCACGGCUACCGUUGAUUGUGCAACGGAGGCCAUAAAGGCAGAAGUCAGAGAGAUGAAACCUCUUGCUCUGGGAACCCCGGUCUUUACCAUCCAGGCUCACAGCUGUGGUGUGAAUAGCCUCCAUGUCCAGGAAAGAGCGAGUGGCCAUUUCCUCGUGGCCAGUGGCAGUGACGAUGGUUCCAUCCACAUCUGUGUUAUCGACGUGAAUGCCGAAAGCCUGGCCAACCAGGGAACCACCGGUGGGGCUGGCAUCCGUGUCCUCAGAAAGUUCUCAAGGCUUUGUGCACAUGCGGCUCACGUGACGGGAGUCCGACUCCUACAUCCCGACUACCUCCUUUCUGUUUCUGUGGACCAACGACUGACGCUGUGGUGCCUCGGUGAGGACAGCCUGUCUUUUGUGUGUAGCAAGUUUUGCCACGUAGCUGAUGUGGCUGCUCUAGAGUGUUGGGAAAGCGGGCAACACGGCUGGCGUAGCGUGGUCUGUGGCCAGGGCCUGGAGGUUCUCUGGUGCAAGGUGUGAGCAAAGGGCUGCUGGGAAUAU